CACCGACUUGGGCACCGAGUGUCGAGAUGUUACUGGCAGAUUUGGAAAUGCGUGCUUCAGCACCGGCUGUUGAUUGCUGCCCAUCGAGUCGGAGACAUUCUGGCGACCAACCGCAACAAAGGGCGCACGGAAGAGCUCGAUGAUUCUUGGAAAAUUGGAUUUUCUGAAGAACCAUGCUCGUCUCCUUCACAAUCAGGCAAGUCUGCGGCCGCUGGUAAGGCAUCCGUUGUGGCUGGUCUCCAUUGUCCGGGCUGUGCAGCAGCGCAAAAGCCAUUCACCGCUGGACCCCAAAACGCUCGGCCCUCUUUUUUUCAAGUCGCAAAACCCGCUCCUGAGGCCUUCCAUUCUGAUCUGUUCUUAUGCGAAGAUGUUCCCUCAGAUCCACCGCUAUUCUUCACCAUCCAUUCCACCUAGUGUGCACUUCAGGCUACAAUCAGGCCCGUCGGCACACUCACACCUCAUUCGGCCUUGCAAGGCUGAUCGAUUGGCUCUGACUCCUGCAUAACCCGCUGCAGCCUUCUACUGUACUACCACCAGCUUGCUUUGACACCUCGCCUCUCUUACUCGUUCUGCUAUUGGUACGCCUUGUCCCUCAAUACUUGUGUCCACACUUUUGUACUUACGAAGUGUCUCAGUUGCUUCGUCAUCCAGGCCUCGAAAUACAGCAGAAUACGAGGGUUACUGCCUGAUACCCUGAACAUCACACAAGUCCU